CGUGUACUGUGUGUACGACGUACAUGUAUGUGCACGUACUACUGUAUGCACAACAAUACAAUGUGCACUAGUGUAUGCGAUAUGCGUACAUGCGUAGAUUGACGAUAUGGAGAGUGAAAAUGGCGGUUAAGGGUGCCCAAUAUCACAAAAUUUGACCAUUUUCUCCAAACCAAAUUCGAACAAGAUGGCGAGGGAUGAUUUCUUCCCAUCCAAGGCACAGACUGGAUUCGUCCAGUUCGACAGGGAAGGCUGGAGGAAGACCGAGGAUGACUCGUUCGACAAGCAGCACAGCCCCACUGGCGGGAGCGACAGCAGCCUGCCCAGCGCCACGGAAAACGGCGACGAUAAAGUGAUUCACUCGGGACACUUUAUGGUCAGCAACCCCCACAAAAUCAAGCACAAGCACAACAGUGGUGGUGGCAGCAAAGUUGGCUACAAUUUCGACAAUGCGCCAACAGAGCCGAGCUCCAGCUACCAGUUUUUGGAGGUUGACGGGACGGGUCACUCCGAGAUUGAUGUCUCGUUUUCCAAGCUUUUUGAGUGCAUGAGUUUGGCCUACACGGGGGCAAAGCUUGUUUCCCCCAAAUGGAAAACCUUCAAAGGAAUGCGGCUGAGCUGGAAGGACAAGAUCAGAUUGAACAAUGCCAUCUGGAGAGAGUGGCACCAACAGUUUUGUAUGAAGAGGAAGCCGGUGGUCUGCCAGUUUGCCUUCCCUUUGGCGGACAACACACACAGUGCCCCUCGGGCUGUGGUGCUUGAAGGCAAGUAUUGGAAGCGAACUCUCAGCACAGUGAUCCGGGAAUACCAGAAGUGGAGGAUCUUCUAUCGCAAGUUGCAUUCUGCUUCACACGAUGGCAGAUCGGAGUAUCACGACGAGACAGGGUCAGUCUUGGACAGAGUAGUACAGGACUUUGGCCUGAGCCAGUCCCCGUCUCCCCAGCCCAUGAUCCUGGACGAGGAGGCCUUACUCUCCGAGUUCAACGACACUCUCUUCUCCAGUCUCAGCCAGAACCCGUUCCCUUUCCCCUUACCCCGGGAACUCUUUCACGUCGGCGUCAAUCCAGACAUUAUCCAGCCAGGCUUGAUCCAGCUGCAGCCCAACUUCUCAGAAACAUUGGACACUUUGCCAGAUGCUAACAUCAGGCCAGCCAAUACCAAUAAUGGCUCCCUACCCCAAGGAACGUUUGUCUUCUCCGGCAAUCGACUGCAACAACAGGCACAGGCAUUGUUGGUACAAGAAGUUGAAGCUUCAGAGAUUACAGAUGCAUCUGCCUUGUUGCAGCAGCAACAACAGCAGCAACAACAACAGCAACAACAGCAGCAACAGGAGCAGCAGCUCCUACCUGUCGCCGACACAUAUGAGGACACUAUCAACCAACUUGGUCAUGCAUCGGUCAACGUACAGGCCAACCAGCAACAGGAAGUUUUGUCGGUGCAAUUGCACCGGCAAAACAGCCUGCCGCAGUCACUGCUGUCGCAGCCCGAGACGAUACAGCAGCAGAUGCAGCAACAGUCACUGCAACAACAGCAGGAGUCCUUACAGCUGCAAAUUCAACAGCAGCAGCAACAGCAGCAACAAGAGUCCUUGCAGCUGCAAAUACAGCAGCAGCAGCAGGAGUCACUGCAGCAGCAAAUGCAGCAGCAGCAAAUGCAGCAGCAACUGCAACAGCAGGAGACCAUACAGCAGCAGAUUCAGAGCGGGAGUGCCAUCAGCUUUCCGCUGCUGCAACAGGCUGAUAACAACACUGUGACACUAAACAAUAUCAUUGCCGCUGCCUCUUCGUUACAACGUCAACAGCUUCAACAGCAGCAACAGCAGCAGCAGGUGCCAGUGAACACAGACUUGCAGCAGGUGGUUACAUUGCAGGUUGGCGUGCAGCCAGCUGACCAACUCCAAGCAUCGGUGGCUGGAGUGGGACAAACAACCACCGUUCAGGAGCAAUCAAACAGUAGUAACAUAACUAUCAACCAGUUGACACAGCAACAACAGCUUUUGUCAGGGAUGAACUUCAUCUCAGUGGAUCAGCUUGCUCAGCAGCAGCAACAGCAGCAGCAGCAGCAGCAACAACAGCAGCAACAGCAGCAGCAGAACCUAACAACUAUUCAGAACCUGUUGGCUAAUGCCCAGAGCCAGCAGCAGUUGCAGCUGGGGUCCAACCCUCUAUCUGUGGAAGACACUCAGGCUGCCUUCAAGCUGCUGCAGGCCGUUGCUACGCAGGUGCCCAACCAGACCCAGUCGCUGCUGCAGCAGCAACAGCAGCAACAGCAGCAGCAGAGCAUCAGCCAGAUCACGGCCAUCUCUAACAGCAAACCCGUAGCCACGCAGGUGUUUAGACAAAACGUACUCACCUCCAACACCAUCAUACAGCAGCCAGUGCAGCCGCAGCCGAUCAAGCUACAGCCUGCGAUAUCUCAGCAGCCGGUACCCAUCAGCCUGUCCAGGGCCAGUGAUCACCAGGACUCGGCCCCUGCAACCAAGAAGGCAGGUGCAUCCAGGACAAGCCCCAGCUCUUCGAUGAAGAUCUCCCAGAUGGGAGCCAAGCCUAAGACUCAAGUGAUACGGCCCAAGCAGCCGGCGAAGAUAGCGCCUGCUCCUCCUGCUCCCUCCAGCUCCAGCAUCACUGGCGGGCUCACCGGUAAUGCUGCACUACUUACCCAGCUGCUGACACAAGUGUCUUCCAAUACAGGUAGCAUCCGGCCCCAGACUACCACUGAUAUACUGUCUGCAGCGUCGACCAGUAGCGCAGUCAUGUUCCACCCAGUGAAAACCGAGUUUCCCGACAACACAUCACAACAGUGCACGAUGUCCGACAUCACGGCUAGCAUAUUUGCCCCCCAGUCUACGUCACUUCCCACCGCCACCACGUCAACGACGCCAUCAUUCAGUGCCAUCUUCUCCAACAGGGAGACGUCGGACGGUGCUGGCCCAAGUUCCUUUGUUUCGGCGCCUGAUUCCCCAGUUUUCUCCCUUGGAUCCUCAGCAUCUUGUUCUGAUCCUAUGAAGAAAGACACCCACAUUUCUGCUGAACAGAAAAGAAGAGUCAACAUCAAGUCUGGUUUUGACACGUUACACAAGCUCGUACCGUCGCUGAGCCAAAACCCCAACGCUAAAAUCAGCAAGGCAGCCAUGCUACAGAAAGCUGUCGAGUACACCAAGAAGGUUCAGGCCGAGCGAGCCAAAGUCAAGGGUGAGAUGGAUUUACUGCAGCAGGAAGUCAACGGUCUGAAGGCAUCAAUCAACGAAAGCCAAAACCAACUUCCAGCCAGCGGUGUUCCGUUGUCAAGACAACGAUUUGAUCACAUGAGGGACAUAUUUGACGACUACGUCAGAGAACGGACGGGGCACAAUUGGAAGUUUUGGAUUUUCAGCAUGAUAAUCCGGCCCCUGUUUGAGUCCUACAACACGUCGGUGUCGACCACCAACAGCGAGGAGCUGUGCAGAACGGUCCUCACCUGGCUGGAACAACACUGCUCCCUGCUUGCCCUCAGACCCACUGUCUUGUCUUCCCUGACGUUACUUGGUCGCACCACGUCCAUCCUGACCAACCCAACAGAGGUACCCCAACAAGCUGCGGAAGCCGUCAGCAAGAAAACCGACGCUAGCGGUGGGGACAAGUAAGAAAUGGCAACUCUCUCGUCAAACAAAAAUGCUCCCUUAACCCUAACCCUCCAGGGUAUGUUUGCUAGAACGUAACACCAUGCAAGACUUGACUAAGUGACAAGCCUGCCAAAUGUAGCAAGAUCCACCAGGGGAAAAAUCUCAAGGCCA